AUGGAACUUCUGGAAAGUUGGCAGUCGGCGUCCUUAUCCACUGGACCGUCUCCGUCGCCGGUCAUCACAAAGAAGCAGAGAGAGAAAGAAGAUGAGACUGAAGUUCACCUUCAUCAACCUGCAGAGAAACAAAGUUCCGUCUCCUCACCGGACAUAGAUAUUUCCAAAGUCAGCAAUGAAGUGCUGUUAGAGUGUAAAUCUAAAGGCUGGUAUCCAGAGCCUGAGGUGUUGUGGCUGGACGGUGAGGGAAACCUCCUCUCUGCUGGACCUCCAGAGACAGUCAGAGGUCCUGAUGACCUCUAUACUGUCAGCAGCAGAGUGACUGUGGAGAAGAGACACAGCAACAGCUUCACCUGUAGAGUCCAACAGAAGAACACCAACCAGACCAGAGAGACACACAUCCAUCUGCCAGCUGAUCUCUUUAUGGUUCAGUCUAUUCCUGCUGUCCGCAUCACCAUCAUCCUGGCAGUGUGCAUUGUGCCUAUUGUUGUCUUCAUUGUGUGGAAAUUGAGACUAAACAAAACCAAAACCACAGACAGCAGCAUAGAACGUCAGCCUCCGAAUGAGGGAGAAGGAGACAGAGAGAAGCUCAUGACAAAAAGUCAGAAAAUUACCUAUUUGGACGACACAAAGGCAAAACUUGAUGAGGACUUGAAGAGGAAUGAGGGAGAAUUGCAACAUGUACAACAGGUGAUUACAACACUUAUGAACCAGAAGAAGGAUCUGAAGAAUCAGAGAGAGAAACUCAUCUCACUACAGCAGAAAGACAAGACACAGGAAGAAGAGAACAAGAAGAAGAAGACCCCAGCAACGCAAGAAAAAAAAAAAAAGAGUAAGCGUGAAAAGACCAAAGAGGAUCUGGAGAGGAGAAAGACAGAACAUGAGGAACUGUUACAGAACACAGAUAAACUACUGGAGACAACAGAGGAGAUGAUUAAUAAAAUGACAGAAAGGAAGGGGAAACUAGAGAGAGAUAAGGAACAAAUAAAUAAAAACCUGAAAGAGACGGAGAGACGGAGGAAGGAGAUUCAGAGGAAACUUCAGCUGGAUCAGUCAGAGAGAGAAGAGGACAAAAAUAAUCCAUUAUCCAAUGAUCCUUUAUGAUUGUUUCACUUGAUAUUUAGUUAAAAUCACAUAAUUUGUAAACAUUUAUAAAAUCUGAUUCAUUAAUUUUAGAUCCCUAGUAUCAUCAGUUUAAGCAAUCUGACUGUCUGUUCCACACAAGAUG